AACCAGGAUCAUCAGAAAUGACAAUUCUAUUGGAAAUGGAAUUUGAUGACCCAAAAGUAAUAUUACUUGCAGAACAAAAUAUAGAAACAAAUUAUAAAUAUGUUUCCCAAUUAUCAAGACAACAAACUAAUGAACAUAUUCAGGAAAUUGAAAGGGUCACAAACAGAAAAAUAUUAGAAGCAGAAACAGCUGAAGACAAAAAAGCUUACCUAUACAAAACAAUAUCUGCAUUAACAGAAACAAAAGAUGCUAUUUUCUGGAAGAAUAAAGAUCUAGUAAAAGAUCUAGAAAAAGAAUAUGGAUAUGCAACUAAUCAAGCAUUAAACUUAGACAAAAAAGAUUUUGAAGCAAUGCAAGAAGAAUUAUUGGGAGCAUCACUAGAAAACCUAGAUAAAAUGCAUGACGUAGAAGACGAAGAAGAACAAUGUUCUAGAAACAACAAAAAGCCAGAAGACAAGGCCUAG